AAAACAAAUAUAUUAAAUUAUACGCUGCCUAGCGAGAAGUGCCGUGCAGAAGUGCUAUAAUCAAUUGGCAAAAUGAGAACGCAAGUUAAGAAAGCUCACCGGAUUCUGGGUUUCCUGAAAAAGAAGCCACUGGGGACCCAGCGCUCCAUGCCAACAUCUUCUGCGUGCGCGCUUGACACCAAGGUUGCGGUCGAGCUACCUGUAUCCCCUUGCGGGCACAGCCUUUCUGCCAUACCGGGACCCAAGAGCUGGCCCCUUGUAGGAAGCCUGAUCGAGCUCCUCCUCAAGGGGGGUCUGAAAAGGCAGCAUGAGGCACUGAUUGAUUACCACAAGAAGUUCGGGAAGAUCUUUCGAAUGAAGCUCGGCUCCUUUGAGUCCGUGCACAUUGGCGCUCCUUGCCUGCUGGAAGCUCUGUACAGGAAGGAGGGACGUUACCCGCAGCGGCUGGAAAUCAAACCCUGGAAAGCGUACAGAGACCUGAGGGACGAGGCGUACGGGCUGGUUAUCCUCGAGGGAAAAGACUGGCAAAGGGUGAGGAGUGCCUUUCAACAGAAGCUCAUGAAGCCUACAGAAGUAGGAAAACUGGAUGGAAAAAUUAAUCAGGUAAUGGCUGACUUCAUUGACAGGAUUGGAGUUGCAAGUGACAACAAUGGCAGAAUUCUGGAUUUGUACUGUGAGCUGAAUAAAUGGUCUUUUGAAACUAUCUGCUUAGUGCUGUACGACAAGAGGUUUGGCCUACUGCAGAAAAAUGUGAAUGAAGAAGCACUGAAGUUUAUUACAGCAAUAAAAACGAUGAUGAGUACUUUUGGAAAGAUGAUGGUAACUCCUGUGGAGCUGCACAAAAGCUUAAACACCAAGACAUGGCAAGACCACACAGAUGCCUGGGACCGUAUAUUUAGUACAGCAAAAAUGUAUAUUGACAAGAGACUGAACAGACACGCAGGGGAACCUGCAAAUGACUUCCUCUGUGAUAUCUACCAACGCAGCCACUUGACCAAGAAGGAACUGUAUGCUGCCACCACUGAGCUUCAGAUUGGUGGAGUAGAAACGACUGCCAACGGCUUGCUGUGGGCUGUGUUCAAUCUCUCUCGCAAUCCGUGCGCUCAGGGGAAACUUCUCCAGGAAAUAAAAGACGUAGUGCCCGUCAAUCAGGUCCCUACUACAGAACUUAUCAAGAAAAUGCCUUACCUCAAGGCCUGUCUAAAAGAGUCAAUGCGGUUGUCUCCCUCUGUUCCAUUUACAAGUCGGACAUUAGACACAGAAACAGUACUUGGAGAUUAUGUCCUUCCUAAGGGAACUGUUUUGAUGAUCAACAGCCAUGCCAUGGGAUCCAAUGAGGAGUACUUUGAUGAUGGCAAGCAGUUUAAGCCAGAACGCUGGCUGCAGCAAAAUCAUACAAUCAACCCAUUCACACAUGUGCCCUUUGGCAUAGGCAAGAGAAUGUGCAUCGGCCGGCGCCUAGCAGAACUGCAGCUCCAGUUAGCGCUGUGCUGGAUUAUAAGGGAAUUUGAAAUUGUGCCGACUGAUAACGAUCCAGUGGAAGCAAUCCAUUCUGGAACGUUGGUUCCCAACCGUGAACUACCAGUGGCAUUUAUCCGACGAUGAGGUAAUAGAUUCAGUCGGGAGUAACACCAUAAUAGAAAGCAAAAAAAGAAAAACUAAAACAGCAGACACACAGGGACUCAAUAUUGAAAAGAAGAAAAAUCAAUGCUGGUCAUUUUCAAAGAGAUUAUUUCUUUUUAUUUUUGAUGAUCACUAUAUUUUGUGUGUGCUUUAUGAAUCCGUGUUGCUUCUUCAGAGAUGAUGUCAACUCUCCUUGUAAAACCAGCUUAUGAGCGCUGCCUACCGGAUGUAACUGAGGAUGUGCUACAGUGUCUCAGUCUCCCUCUGAGAUGUAGUAGUUGUAUUUGUCUCUGCCUUUCCCCUGUAGUUGCAAAUUUUGUAUUUGCUUCUCCUGCAAUACAUCAUGUGACUGCACACAGGGGAGAGAGGGAAUGUGCAGGCAGACUCGUUCAUCCCAUCUCUGCGCCUUUGAGCCGCUUGCGUUUUUAACACAUCACAGACAGCACAUCCCCGUACCACAGGCUCACCCCUGGAGAAAGGAAGCUUCUCUCAUCUAUACUGUAGCACCCCUGAACCUACUCAAGCUGUGGAACCCUUAUUCACUUAUCUUUCCCUAAGCUUGGAGAUUCACAGUCAGAAUGUGAUUCCUGAAUAAUGCAGGGUUUGACAAUCUGAGUCCUGGAGGGGCCAUGUGCCUACAAUGUUUCAGUCCAGCUGUGCUCUUAAUCUAAAACAGCUCCCUGUUGGUUUAAUUGGACCAGUUUAGCAGGUCCUUCAAAGAGACCUGGAAAAUGAAUGAGCAGGCCAGGCCUCCAGGAGCAGGAUAGGAGACCCCUUUGUUAGCAACAUGAUCCAGGUACAAACACAGGGUCACAGGACUCCCAACAGCUCAUCUAAGUGGUUAGGCCAAUCAGGAACACAUCAAUUUUUGAAACGGGAAAGUAUCUCAAUGUAGUUGCUUUUCUGUUUAAUUUUUUUCUGAACAGUUGGCAUCCUCUGUUGGAGCUUCAGGGUAACAUUAUCUCCAAGAAUGAUGUUGCUGUUGUCCACUGAUCCCCUGAAGAUCCCUCUUAAGUAGUUGCACUCUGAAAAGCUGGAAAAAAAAUGGAAAGAACAUUCUUUCACAGCCAAAAACGCCUCCAAAGGCAAAACAGUUUUGAAGUCAAGAUAUUCAUACCAUAUGGAGAGUUCUGAGAUAUGAACAUAACAGGAAAGCUGUUCUUUCCCAUCUUUACAUAUCUCACCCAUAUGCUUGUAUAUGGCAGUGUAUCUGUAUAUAAGGUUGUCAUGUAUAGAGUACUGCAUUAUUUUUUACUGUCUAAAUUAUAACCCCAUUGUGUAAUAAUAAAAUCAAUUUUAUAAACACAUUGUACAUAAGAAGCAUUGUGCAUUUGCAUGUAUUUUUAUGUCAUGAAAUAUAAAAUAAAUAAAUAGUGUUUUAAAUGCAUACCAACUGCUUUAAAAGUGUUUUUACAGAACCCCUCAAGUUGAAGGGAAUGUCUUUACGUGAAAAGAAGGAUACAAACACAGCUGCUAUACAUUACACAAGCCUAGAAUUAAUAGUGAUUUAAUCAAAUGUAUUAAAAUAAAUACUGUAUGCAGAAUAAUUACUAAUUAAAUGUAUAGUGAAGUGAACGCAUUUUCCUUAAUGUGUUCUUUACUUUUUAUUAACAAUAAUAAUAUUUCUGUACCUCCGAGAAGUACUCUGACUAUAUCCUAUGUUGUCCCUAACUUGCUGAAAGCUGGUCAAUUCUUUUGUUUUCUAUUGAAUUGAUUGAUGUAACACCCUACUCACUGAGGUAUCUAAAUUCACAUUGGCUAAACUUCAGUAUAUCCAGAAUCCUCACCAGAUCUUGUGCAAGUGAUCCCGAGGCCUUUCCUUCUAUCUCCUCUUCUGGAGUCUUUGUACUGGCUUCCUAUGAGGUUUUGUGGCAACUUCAAAUUCCUCAUGCUUGCCUAUAAGGCUCUGCAUGGCCUGACACCUCAGUACCCAUCUGAAUCUGUCAGACUUAAUAUCAUCCUUCUCCAUACCUUGCAACCUUGGCUCUUCUAAUUUCAUUCCCCAAAGCCUGUCUACACACUAUGGAUGACCUGGCCUUUUCCUGCCACACCCCAAAGCUCUGGAAUUCUAUCCCUAAGGAUAUGAGAGAGUCACCUUCCCUGGAAUCAAGACUCUAAACCUUCUUCCUUAGAAGGGCUUUUAUUAAAGUGGUUCUGUAUCUGCCCCAUUGCUUUCCUACUGUAUCCCAAACCCUUGCUAUAAUCAUAUAAAAUCUGUU